AUGGAUAAUAACAUGGAAAUCGAUACGGCGCGCUCGCCUGAGCCACACCACCUCUCACCUGUAACCGACUCAGGAUCCAUACCCACUUUGGAUGGCUGGAUUGAAAGUUUGAUGACGUGCAAGCAAUUAGCGGAGGAAGAUGUGCGGCGGCUGUGCGAUCGGGCACGAGAAGUAUUGCAGGAGGAAUCAAAUGUUCAGCCAGUGAAAUGCCCCGUUACAGUUUGUGGUGAUAUUCAUGGCCAGUUCCACGAUUUAAUGGAGCUUUUCCGCAUCGGCGGUCCCAACCCCGACACAAACUACCUCUUUAUGGGUGACUAUGUUGACCGAGGCUACUACUCCGUCGAAACCGUCACCCUUCUGGUCUGUUUGAAGAUUCGUUACCCGCAGCGUAUUACCAUCCUUCGUGGAAACCACGAAUCCCGUCAGAUCACUCAGGUCUACGGCUUCUACGACGAGUGCUUACGAAAAUACGGCAAUGCCAACGUGUGGAAAUACUUCACCGACCUUUUCGAUUAUCUCCCCCUUACAGCUCUCAUUGAAAACCAGAUCUUCUGUCUGCACGGUGGGCUGAGCCCGUCGAUUGACACCCUUGACAACAUUCGAUCCCUGGAUCGUAUCCAAGAAGUCCCGCAUGAGGGACCUAUGUGUGAUCUCCUAUGGAGUGAUCCAGAUGAUCGUUGUGGUUGGGGAAUUUCUCCUCGCGGCGCGGGGUACACAUUCGGACAGGAUAUUUCGGAAGCAUUCAAUCACAACAACGGCUUGACUCUGGUCGCUCGAGCUCAUCAAUUGGUCAUGGAAGGGUAUAAUUGGUCACAGGAUCGAAACGUAGUAACAAUUUUUUCAGCGCCCAAUUACUGUUACCGCUGCGGUAACCAAGCCGCUAUCAUGGAGAUUGAUGAACAUUUGAAAUACACAUUUCUACAAUUUGAUCCUUGCCCCAGAGCAGGAGAACCUAUGGUAUCGCGGCGCACACCAGACUAUUUCCUGUGA